CCGCGCCCGGAGGGCUGGCUGGCUAAGUCCCUCCCGCUGCCGGCUCUCGCCUCACUAGGAGCGGCUCUCGGUGCAGCGGGGACAGGGCGCCCUCGGAGCGCACGGCACUGCCCGGAACCCAGCGCCACCCUUGCCCCCUCGCGAUCUCCAGCGGCUCGGCGCGCGCACGAUGCCCUCGGCCACCAGCCACAGCGGAAGCGGCAGCAAGUCGUCCGGACCGCCACCGCCGUCGGGUUCCUCCGGGAGUGAGGCGGGGGCCGGGGCCGCUGCGCCCGCUCCUCAACACCCAGCAUCCGGCACCGGCGCGGUCCAGACCGAGGCCAUGAAGCAGAUUCUCGGGGUGAUAGACAAGAAACUUCGAAACCUGGAGAAGAAAAAGGGUAAGCUUGAUGAUUACCAGGAGCGGAUGAACAAAGGGGAGAGGCUUAAUCAAGACCAGCUGGAUGCUGUAUCUAAGUACCAGGAAGUCACAAAUAAUUUGGAAUUUGCAAAAGAAUUACAGAGGAGUUUCAUGGCAUUAAGUCAAGAUAUUCAGAAGACGAUAAAGAAGACAGCACGUCGGGAACAGCUUAUGCGAGAAGAAGCUGAACAGAAACGUUUAAAAACUGUUCUUGAGCUCCAGUAUGUUUUGGACAAAUUAGGAGAUGAUGAAGUACGAACUGACUUGAAACAAGGCCUGAAUGGUAUCCCAAUCCUGUCUGAAGAGGAGCUAUCCUUGUUGGAUGAGUUCUAUAAGUUAGUGGACCCUGAGCGGGACAUGAGCUUAAGGUUAAAUGAGCAAUAUGAGCAUGCCUCUGUUCACCUGUGGGACUUGCUGGAGGGGAAGGAAAAAUCUGUAUGUGGGACAACCUAUAAGGCUCUAAAGGAAAUCGUUGAGCGUGUUUUUCAGUCAAACUACUUUGACAGCACCCACAACCACCAGAAUGGGCUAUGUGAGGAAGAGGAGGCAGUGUCGGCACCUGCGGUGGAAGACCAGGUGGCGGAAGCUGAACCUGAGCCAGCAGAAGAAUACACUGAGCAAAGUGAAGUUGAAUCAACAGAGUAUGUAAAUAGGCAAUUUAUGGCAGAAACACAGUUCAGCAGUGGUGAAAAGGAGCAGGUAGAGGAGUGGACAGUUGAAACAGUUGAGGUGGUAAAUUCACUCCAGCAGCAACCACAGGCUGCAUCUCCUUCAGUACCAGAGCCCCACUCUUUGACUCCUGUGGCUCAGGCAGAUCCCCUUGUGAGAAGACAGCGAGUACAAGAUCUUAUGGCGCAAAUGCAGGGGCCUUACAAUUUCAUACAGGAUUCAAUGCUGGAUUUUGAAAACCAGACUCUUGAUCCUGCCAUUGUAUCUGCACAGCCUAUGAAUCCUGCACAAAACAUGGAUAUGCCCCAGCUGGUUUGCCCUCCUGAGAGGCUGGAGCGGGAGGAUUGCUUCAUCUAUGAGGACAGCCUGGGUCUACAGAAUGAGUUGAAGGUUCCUUUGGUUUCAUCCACAAGUGAGGGGUACGCAGCACCUCAGCCCUUGUACCAGCCCUCGCAUGCAGCAGAGCAGCGGCCACCUAAGGAACCAAUCGAUCAGAUGCAGGCAACAAUCUCUCUAAAUACAGACCAGACUACAGCAUCCUCAUCCCUUCCCGCUGCUUCUCAGCCUCAGGUAUUUCAGGCUGGGACGAGCAAACCUUUACAUAGCAGUGGAAUCAAUGUAAAUGCAGCUCCAUUCCAGUCCAUGCAAACGGUAUUCAAUAUGAAUGCCCCAGUUCCUCCUGUUAAUGAACCAGAGACUUUAAAGCAGCCAAACCAGUACCAGUCCAGUUAUAACCAGAGCUUUCCCAGUCAGCCCCACCAAGUGGAACAGACCGAGCUCCAGCAAGAACAGCUGCAAACAGUGGUUGGCACUUACCAUGGUUCCCAGGACCAGCCUCAUCAAGUGACGGGCAACCACCAGCAGCCUCCUCAGCAGAAUACUGGGUUUCCUCGGAGCAGUCAGCCUUACUAUAAUAGUCGUGGUGUGUCCCGUGGAGGUUCCAGGGGCGCUAGAGGCUUGAUGAAUGGAUACCGGGGCCCUGCCAAUGGAUUCAGAGGAGGCUAUGAUGGUUACCGCCCUUCAUUCUCUAACACUCCCAGCAGUGGUUAUACACAGUCUCAGUUCAGUGCUCCCCGGGACUACUCUGGCUACCAGCGGGAUGGAUAUCAGCAGAAUUUCAAGCGAGGCUCUGGGCAGAGUGGACCACGGGGAGCCCCACGAGGUCGUGGAGGGCCCCCAAGACCCAACAGAGGAAUGCCGCAAAUGAACACUCAGCAAGUGAAUUAAUCUGAUUCACAGGAUUAUGUUUAAUCGCCAAAAACACACUGGCCAGUGUACCAUAAUAUGUUACCAGAAGAGUUAUUAUAUCUAUUUGUUCUCCCUUUCAGGAAAUUUGUAAAGGGACUGUUUUCAUCCCAUAAAGACAGGACUACAGUUGUCAGCUUUAUACUACCUGGAUAUGGAAGGAAACUAUUUUUACUCUGCAUGUUCUGUCCUAAGCGUCAUCUUGAGCCUUGCACAUGAUACUCAGAUUCCUCACCCUUGCUUAGGAGUAAAACAUAACAUACUUUAUGGGGUGAUAAUAUCUCCAUAGUUAUUUGAAGUGGCUUGAACAAAAGCAAGUCUGACUCUUGGACGUUGGGUACAAUCUACAAGUCAGCCCUAGAGCUUUUCAGUGGCAAUUGACAAAUAAUUUUUCUUGAGAGGAAGAUGGAAGGAGUGGAGUGUGGUUUGGCAAAACAACUGCAUUUCACAGCUUUUCCAGUUAAAUUGGAGCACUAAAUGUUUAGAGGUGUACCAAAUUAUGCAUGGGCCCUUAAUCACACAUGGAAGGCUGGCCACCAGCUUGGACACAGCACUGUUUAUCUGGACAAAGACUGUGAUUAAAAACACGUGAAAUUGCUUUUUAACAACUGAUAACUGUAAGACAAAGCCAAAAUGCAAAUUAGGCUUUGAUUGGCACUUUCUGAAAAAUAUGCAGCAUAAUGGGAAAUAAUCUGAAUGGGCCACUUCUGUACUUAAUGUGAAUUAUUUAGAUAUAUUUUGAACACUUAACAGUGUCUUUGAGGCAAUGACUUAUAAGGAUUGGUACUAUAUAUCAGUCCUUAUGACAUGUACAUUGUCAUCACUAAUCCUUGGAUCUUGCUGUAUUGUUACCUAAAUUGGUACAGAUAUUGAUGAAAGUCUCUAAUGGAUAAUCAUAACACUUGAUCACAUGUUUCUCCUGCAGCUUGAAAGUUCUUAAAAAAAGAUAUCAAAUGCCUGCUGCUACCACCCUUUUAAAUUGCUAUCUUUUGAAAAGCACCAGUAUGUG